AUUGACGUUGAGCGCGGGGCGGUUGCUUUUGAGCAUGCGCGGGCUGGUUUGAGGCGUGGUGAUUCUUGCGGAUAGUAGUUAAGGGAUUGAUUUGUUUGGCUUUAAUCUUUUCUGCUGGUUUCCAGCCAUGUUCCUGGAGGCCCCAAAUAAAGGUUAUACAAGAUUAAGGUUCCAAAAGCGCUGGGCCUGAGUCGAGACGGGCCUGGGGCCCCGGGAAUCCGCAAGCUGAAGUAGAGAGCUUCCAUAUCCCGUAGGAGCCAUAGCCAGCACAGCGAUCCUGGGGUGGGAAGCAGGGUCCUCAUCCCGAGAGCCGCUUCUCAAGAAGAUGACUCAAGACCAACCUUUGCUUGCUGUGCAUACGGCCCUAAAGAAGUGCUUUCCGGUGGUGGAGGAACAGCAGGGCCUGUGGCAGAGCACGCUGCAGGACUGCCAGCCGCUCCUGGCCUCGCUCGGCAACCUGGCAGAGCAGCUGCAGGCCGCUCAGAACCUGCGGUUUGACGACGUGCCGGCGCUUCGGGCGUUCCCCGACUUACAGGAGCGGCUGAGGCGCAAGCAGCUAGAGGCUGGCGACACUGUCCUGGACAAGCUGGCCGAGAAGCUAGCUACCCUUCUCAAGGUGCGGGACACCGUCAGCAGCCAUGUGGAACGAGUGUUUGAGACCUAUGAGCAGCAUGCAGACGCAGCUGGCCUCGACGCCGUCCUCCAGCCCUCGGCAGGGAGCCCCUCUGUGGCGGACAUGUUGGAAUGGCUGCAGGACAUCGAGAGGCACUACCGAAGCUCGUACCUGAAGAGAAAGUACCUCCUCUCCUGCAUCCAGUGGGGAGACUUGGAAGGCAUUCAAGCAUUGCCCGCAGCCUGGAACCGCAUUGCAGAGGAGGAGCGCCAAGACCUCGUGCAGGAUAUCCUACUGAACGUAUCUUUCUUUCUGGAGGAGUAAGGAAGCUGUGCGUUUGUCUGGAGACCGAGGGCCACUGUUGAAGACUGACAUUGCUGCACUCUGGUAUUUCUAAAGGGAUGGCAGCACAGCGACCUGGCAUAUGUGAAAUGUCAAUGCUCAGAACCUGAGGACUGGGUCUUGGGAGGAGGGGUGGUACGUGUCUGAGGGCUCCUGCAUGCCAGGGCCUGGCCAAGGCUGCGUGGGUCACUGCUUAGCCUUUCCUGAGGCUCGGGGAGGCAGAGAGAAAGGGCAGCCCUGGCAGCAGAGUGCCUGUAUCUUAAGGCGUGAAGUGGGAGGGAGAGAAAGAACAGAAGAUAAAAGGCUACAGCUGCUCCAAGCAUUGUCCGUGUGCAAGUCAGUCCCUAACUCCUUGGUGAAGGAGAUACGGUGGGUUUGAUGGUUUAAAUAGAUGAGGCGAGGCUGAGAAGAGAGUGCAGUGGUAGAGCUCAUGUUUGGUAUGGCCCUGUGUUCAGUUUGUAAGGCCAAACAAUAAAAUAAGACAUAAUGGGGCCAGGGAGAUGGCUCAGUGGAAUAAGCGCUUCCCUGGCAAGCGUAAG